UCUAACGUCCUCGCUCGAUCUCUCGGAACUCAUCGGCGUCCAUGGAUCACGGUGGCGGCGGAAUGGGCGGCGGCGGGAUGACCAUGAACAGCACCACGACGCACUACACGGCCAUGACCUUCUUCUGGGGGAAGAACUCCGAGAUCCUGUUCGCCGGCUGGCCCGGCACGCACGGCGGCAUGUACGCCCUCGCGCUCAUCACCGUCUUCCUCCUCGGCCUCCUUGUCGAGUGGCUCGACACCCUCCGCCUCUUCCACCCUCCGCCGGCCGGAAAAGUAUGCGGCGGCGGCGGCGGCGGCGUCACGGCGGGGCUCGGCCACACCAUCCUCCACGCCCUCCGCGUCGGCACCGCCUACCUCCUCAUGCUCGCCGUCAUGUCCUUCAACGGCGGAGUCUUCAUCGUCGCCGUCACUGGCCGCGCCCUCGGGUUCCUGCUUUUCACCCGCCCGGCGCUUCUGAAGGAAGCAACGGAUUGUUGUCCAUGAAGACGGCGGGAGUCCAACGGUUUUAACUACUUCCGGUUGAUAUGAUGCGACGCUUAAUUACAAGUAAAUAAGGUCUUAUUGAUCAAUUAAUGCGUGUCACU